GUCUGCUGCACCUUUAUCGGCUUCUUCAUUACCGUGCAGACCCGUGUGAGAAACGACUUUAAGGAAAACGGUGUGUGCGUCCCUCUUCGCUCGUGCAUGGAGCAAAUCGGCGAUCGAACUCAGAAGUGCCUUAUGUUUGCUCAGAUGUGAGCGGCGUGGUUCGUUAAUAGCCCGUUUAAUUAGAUACAAGCUUGCAGCUGAGUCACUGGCAAUGGUUAGCGUUUUCUUCGCGAACAUACUAGUUUCACCUCCGAAUUCUUCCAGGGCUGCACGAAUUGCAGCGAGCUCGGCGCGUGUAAUAGUGUUAGUGCAGCCAAAUCCAUUUGGGUUUACGUAGACCACACGGUCUUUAUGCCAAGCACAAGCCCCAGCCACUUGUAGUUCUCUACCGUUUUCAGUUGUUAUCUUGGAUACCGAGCCAUCGGUCCAUACAAUUUCCUCGGGGUUGUGGGCCAGCGGCAGUGUACGUUGGAAUUGUGUCCGAUUCAACCUCGGUGUCGCUGGAGCUUCGUCAGGCGUGACCAUAGUGGCAAUGUUCUGGGGCACGUCAGUGCCGAGUCCAGGCUCCAUCCCAGCUGUGCCUGGGGAGUCCAGUUCUCCGUUCGUCCAGGUGGCGAGUCGGCGGCAGAGCGGGCUGCGCACAACGGCUCGGACGGUUGCCGAGGGGAGGGACGUCUGGUGCUGUGGUGCCGUCUUAUGAUCAGUUUGCCCCGGGUCGCGCCGGUAUCUGUGCAGCAGGGCAGCCACCGCCUCCUCGAAGGCCUUGGUCCGGUUGUUGCUGGUCCGGUUGAAGCCUUCCCAGAGCGUUUGAAGGCGUGCGUAGGAGACGAGUCGACCUCGAUGAAAAGAGGGCCGCACGUGGGGCAUGUGUUGUCUCGAGUGGCCCGGGCGCAGGAUGGCCGCCAGAUCCUGGCCAUCAUUAUCCAGGUCGUAGGUGCUGCGGCGUCGACAUCCAUUGGGUCCUCAGCGGCGGCCGCGGCUGGCUGCCCUUGGUGGAGAAGGCUUUCGUCUCCAUUUGUGAGGCGCAUAGCCGUGCUGAUUGCGGCUUUAUCACCGGAGUUUCUCGAGCUCCCGGGUGCUAAUCAGAUGGCGGCUCGUAUUGCGGUCGACCAAGUGGCUGAAUUCGAGCUGGAGUUCCGCGAGCGGGAGCACGUGUUCGACAGGGAGGGGUGCUGCCGCACGCGCUGCAGCUGCGGCGUCCAAAGCCUCGACAAUUGACCAGGUAGGUGGUGUGCGAGGCUCGUACCCGCCAGGCUAUGCUGCCGUGGCAGGAGGGCACGGGUAACCACGCCCAGUCGGCCUGUGUCGUUUAGAGCAAGGACAAGCGCGCGGUUGGCCACACGCGCGUACUGGGGUAAGAGUGAGCCCAGUCCUAGGCCAUAUUCAUCGAUUGGGAGAAGGGUGGUACGGGUAGGGAAGCUGCGUGGCAGCCCGUAGCACCGUUUUGCGUAACCGGCCAGUGCAGCGUCAAAGUUUGCGAUGUCCUGUUUCGUGUAUGGCAUCGCAGCAAAUGCAUAGGCGAUUGAGGUGUGGACGCAUUGCUGCAGCAUGCGUAGGCGUUGUGCCGGCGUGGCCAGUGACGUGGCUAUGGCCGUGCCCUUUUCUUUCACAGUUUCCGUGACGCGGGAGACUUGCACCUUCCAGUCUAGUGAGAAGGUCUUCCAGCGUUGUGGUCAGGGCCGCCAAGUCGUCAGCGUACGCGGCGGCGCUGCAGUGGUACCGUGCAUUGUCCUCCGGGCUGAGGCAUCCGUAGCGGUAGCCCCGCCCACCUGCGUGGAGCCACCGCACAAGCGGUUCCAUGAACAAGAUAAACAGUACCGGUGACAGGGUGUCACCUUGCACUGUGCCACGUUCUAUUGGGAUGGCGGAUGUGCAUCCAUGUUCAGUACGAAUGCGGGUGGUGGCGUGCGCGUAUAGGUUGCGAACUGCGCGUAUCAGGUCGUCAGGCAGGCCCAGAUCGAACAUAAUCUGGAGUAGCCUGUCCUGAUCGAUUGUGUUAAACGCAGAGCUGUAGUCAACAUACACUGCGUAUACGUCUUUCCCAUACAGGGCAGCGUCCUCCAGUACAUGCACAAGGUUCAGUAUCUGCCGUUCCGUGUUGCAGUAGGCCCGGAAGCCCUCCUGUGAUUCGCUGAACAGCUGGAGUGGGCCUGCCAGUUCACCGAUGCCCAGGGUGAGCAUAGAAGUGUACAGUUUAUAGCAAGUGUUGGCUAGAGCGAUGGGCCUCUUGUUCUUGAUGUCAAGAGCGUCCCCAGGUUUUGGGAGCAGGACCGUGUCUGAAGUGGCCCAGGACUCCGGGAUUGUGGACUUGACGUACAUGAUCUUCAGUGUGUUGUGUAGGGCUCGCUUCAUGCCGUGAGGCAAGAUGCGGAGCAGCUCGUUCGGAAUGCCGUCUGGGCCCGUGGCUUUGUUACGAGAGAGGCCUGGUGGCGAGCGUGUGCUGGAGGGCAGCGGCAGCAGCUUCACGCUGCGCUUUGGCUCGGUCCGCCACCAACUGGCGGUGUUGGGCUUGGCAGUCCUUUAUCUGACCUCGUAUGGCGGCAGCCUCUCCUUCCGUUGUUGUGUCUGGCGCUGCACCGCCGGCUGUCAGGUCUGCCGUGGCCUCGACCAUUAUGUCCUCCAA